AUGCUUUCGAAAAAUCAUGGCCGAGCAUUAUGGAUUGAAGAAUUUGCAGAAGAUAGCGUCUAUUGUCAGGAUUCAUGCAUGGAAAAAUUGGGUUGCUUGAAUUGCAAAUCGGAAAAUCAUGAAACGAUCGACUGUAUUUUACCUUCAGGUUUUGUUUUUAAGCAUGGAAAUGGUGAUUGUCCGAGAAAAAUGGUGCUACUAAAGUUACGCUGCAAUACGGUUUCCAAUCCACGUCAUAUGUUACCUUACGACUAUCCAAUCAAAGGUACCAUUUUACACGUGAAUCAUAAAGAGAGCUGUUUAUAUGUAAGACCACAAAAUUUGGAUGAAAUAUGCAAUGCGUUGGAUAAUUUUUUAUUUGAAAUUCGACAAACGAUAUUAUGUCCUGCAACACCGAAUAAAAUUAAUAUUGGAGAUGUUUAUUUAAUACGUCGACAAGUCAGUAACGUUUUGGCUCGUGGUGUAUGUGCUCAUAUGUAUUUUAACUGGCAAACGGCUACACAGUGGCAGAUGUAUCUAAUCGAUAUUGGACAAAUUGAAUUCGUUGAUCAACGUUCGAUUUACUUAUUACCUGCACAACUUUAUUCAAUGCCACCAAUGGCGGUACCUUUGGUACUGACAAACUGUCGUAUUGGUUAUGAACGCUCGGGCUUAUCAGAUAUUACCUCUUUGAGUCAUCCAAUUUAUCCACUAUAUUGUCCAUCAACAUUUUCAUUCAAAAAAUUCACUUUGGAAAAUCCGUUCCCAGUUACAUUAACUGUACAAGUAACGGAAAAAAUUGAUGAAAAUCAUUAUUGGCUUCGCAAUGCUUCUAUUUGUUCCAUUAUUAGCAAGCAAAUAAUAUUACCAUCUAAUGGUUUAUGGCCAUACAUUGAAGAGAAACGUUCAUUAGCAUGUAUUGCGCAUAUUCAACGACCAAUACGUAAACAGUCUCGUUAUUAUCGUGCGGUAGCAAGUAAUUUUGAUAAUCAAAAAUGUUGUUGUACAGUAUUUCUGAUUGAUUAUGGUCAAACAUUAUAUUGUGAUGUUCAUCAUCUCUUCGAUCUUACUGAUCAGCCUCCAAUAGUUUUAUAUUCGUAUGCUGCAGCAUUUAAAUGUGCUGUAAAUCGAAAAAAUUCAAUUGAAAGCGAAAUUCAUGCUGCAAAGCUUGCAAUUGAUGAACGAUAUAUUCUUCAAAUAAUUGGGAAAGAAGAUGAGACAAACUACAUUGCAACUGUUGAUAUGUAUAUUCAGGCUGAUUUUCAAUAUCCACGAAAUUUAAAUCACUCGAACGGCAUAAUAGUCAAUAAUUCACAAUCAUUAAUGUUAGGUUACAACAAUGAGAUUAGUCGAAGUAACGAAAUUUUGGACAAUAAUAACAAUUUUAAUAAUAAUAAUAAUAAUAAUAUCGGUUAUCACUAUGAUGAUAAUAAUUCGAUGAUGAAGAUGAGAGCAAUAUUUCCAACGAUUGGUAUGCAGAUGUCGGCUAAUCAAGGAAUUGAGAACAGUGUUAAAGCAUUAGAUGUAAAAGUUAGCAUAAAAUUAGCACAAAUAUCCGGUCGGAUCGAUGAAUUAUACAAUGCUUUUCGUAGCUUACAGUUAGCCAAUGAUAACCAAAAUUUGCUUCCUUUCCUGCAAACACAUCAACACAAUAAUAAUAAUAACAAUAAUAAUAAUAAUAAUAGUAAUAAUAAUACGCAAAGAGCAUCGAAGGACGGAAUGCACGAUCAAGCAACAUCAUUUGCUGCAGGUGAUGGAAAAGAUAUGAUUUGUUAUGGUACCAAUUGCCAAUCAUUACCAUUACUUGGACAAAUAGCCUCUUCAAGAUUUCAAACAGUUACAAAUCCCAAGCAGUAUAUUCAUCAUCAUCAACAACAACAACAACAACAACAACAAUCAAAUAUAGUAAUUCCAAGCGGACGUUGCUAUUCUCACGGUAUUGAAAAUCACAAAUGCGCAUUUGCAAAUCAUUCACCUCAAUCUCAUCAACAAUCUCACAUCUAUACAAAUCAUAUCAAUCAAUCGGUUCAACGAAAUACUAUUGAUUUUACUCAACAAUUUUGUCAACAAUCACGUCAACAACGUGCAAUGAUAGUGACAGGAUGCGUAAUAUGUUCAAAACAACAACAACAACAACGUGAUUAUGAAAAUCAAACUUUAAAAUCAUGUUGCUUUUGUGGUGCUUAUAUAGAAACUAAACAACGUUCUUUCAUCACUUCAAAUAACACGUCUCUUCAACAUUCAACAAUAUCACGUCUGAAUGCUACACAUUUGCAAUCAUUCACAUACACAUCACCAGAUAAUCUUCAUGGUACUUCAAGAAUUUCUGGCAAUUCCUCAUCAAUGAUCGCUUCAUCAUUUAAGAAUUCGAAUACACCUUCAAAUGCUGAUAGCCAACUAUCAUCACCACUAUCCGACUCUCCUACUAAUGCAAAGAAUGAUAAUUCCACGUCACAUUCAAAUGUUAAUAGUCAAAUGGAAAAUGAUUCUAGCAAUGUUGAAUCUGUCAAAAUUUCCCAUGAAGCGCAAAAUCAGAAUAUGCCGGAAUCAUGUUGGAUUUGUGGAAAAGUUGGUCAUCUUACAAGAUAUUGCCAACCAACACCACCAACUCAUUUGUUUUUAGCUCAGGGAAUAAAGAUGGAACAGCAAAAGAAAACAACUGAUAAGCCACGUGAUGAAAAAGGAAGAGUGCUGUACACGAGUGAUGAAUCGUCUGACGAUGAAUUGAAUUAUCUAACGAUGAAUUCUGAUUCUGAUGAAGAAGUUAAACAGAUAAAAAAUAUGCCAAAUCUGGAUUAUGAUAUUAAAUUGCUUUCGGAUGAUGAUGAUAAUGAUGAUGAUGAUGAUGAUGAUGAUGAUGAUGAUGAUGAUGAUGAUGAUGAUGAUGAUGAUGUUAAUGUUGAAAAAGAUGACUUAACAAUUGCACUUAAAUAUAAGGCUUAUUUUUCACAUGUAAAUGUACGAUUUGGACAUCGAUAUAUGGUUUCACGAUCAGAUGAAGAUAUAGCAUCAUCAUUAUGGCCAUUAUUCUUCGUGCAAAUACAAUCAACUGAAUGUCAGCAAAUGUUGGAAGCACAUUUGGAUUCGUUAAUUGCUAAUACUCCACUUGCUAAUACGGAAAUGGUAAUUGAAGUUUGUUAUGAUGUAUUAAUAAUAUAG